AUGCUUGAGCCAGAGCAGGGAGAGUCGAGCGGCAACAGCCAGCAGGAGCCUCUCCAUCAGCAAAAGCAGCAAGGCCAAGAUCAGCAGCAAGGCCAUGAUUGCGAUGCUGUGCCGACUCCCCAGAACUUGCGGGAGUAUCUCUCAGCAUGCCACAGCAUGAACCAAGCUGCACAAUGCCUUACCAACGACGCUUGCGUCUCCGAAAAGACCACACUUGCCCCUGAGGGCAAAGUGUAUCCUCAACGGCUCGUCCCGUCCCCCGACUUCAUGGAGAAGCAGAGGGGCGUCUGGAAGGCGCUGCUCCCGCACAAAGACUCUAGCCUUUUGCAAAAACUGUUCCCCUCCAUCGAGGAGGUCCACGAUGAAUAUUUCGCCCUGGAGCCCAUCAACGGCCACAUGACACUCUACGUCUACGAACGAAUGGGCAUGUCCACUGGCGUCAUAACUCUUCUACAGCAAGUUAUGGACGACGCUGUCCUCCGACAAGCUGUCGGACUGAAGGGCGAACUGACGUAUGGCCCUCUCGAAGGCGAUCCUGCUCUGAGUGCCGUUGAGAAAUCCAGUUUCGAAUAUGAUCUACCUGGAUUCGAGCGGCAUUGCAGCCUCUGCGUCUACUCCAACAUCAACAGUGAUCGACCUGUUCCCGCCGUUGCAAUCGAGUACAGGCCAUCUGACCUGCCCUUGGUUCAGGAGAUCACCACAGCGCUGGCUGAGGAGAUCAUCCCUCAGAGCGAUGUCAUUGGCAAGGAAGAUGAGACCUUCACCUUCGACUCUUCCUCGAAGCAGAUCGUGACCGCUGCCAUCACGCAGCUGUAUGACUGCAUGAUCAGAUGUGGGGUCACUUAUGGCUACGUUUACACCGGAGGAGCCAUCAUCUUCCUCGAGAUUCAGGAAGAUCCAUCCACCGUGCACUUUUACGUCAGCGUGCCCGAUGACGACGUCUCCGCCCAAGAGGAAUCAGGAGUGUACUUUUCAGCAGUGGGACAAAUAUUCGCGUUCAUGGUUCGGGCGAUGCAAGCGGGACGCAUCCCCAAUGAAUGGCACAACAAGGCUGCCAAUCUCGAUGUUUGGAAGAGCGACUACAGCGAGGUGCUGCUUAACAUGCCGUUGCGCCCCGCGAGUGCUAGAAGCUCCUCUCCUGCUACUAGCGAUGGCAGCGAUGGCGACGAAGAGAUGGUAGAUGACGACACUGAGUACGAUGACUACGACAGUGAGCACAUACUGUGGAUCAAAGACGACCGCAUCAUUGUCAGUGAAAUCAAGCGGCGGGAGUAUUGCACCCAGGAGUGCCUCUUGGGCUUGACCAACGGUGCACCGCUGGACAAGGGUUGCCCCAACGUCCACAUGCACGGAGAAAAGCAUCUCGAUAACAUCGAGUUCUUGAAGCUCGUCCAGGACCAGCUCACCGUGGCUAGAAGCACGGGUGGCAACUGCGUCUUCCUUCACCUGUCCGGCUCUCUGGGAGUCCUGUUCAAGGUGACUCUCGCCUCCCGCGGGUACACAUUCGUCGUCAAGGCCGUCAUGGAGCAGCACGUGUCCCGUCUCUUGCGCGAGGGCGACAUGUACACUCGGCUCAAGGAACUGCAGGGCGGCUGUAUCCCCGUCUACCUAGGUAUCCUGCAGCUGAACUUGCCCUUCCAGCACGAUGCUAAGGAGUACACGCACUUCAUGCUUCUCAGCUGGGCUGGUCGGCCCGUCAAGCAUUAUUGGGGAUCGCCGAGCAACCGAGGCUUUGUCACGUCGACUCAUCGAGCUUAUACGGAGCUCCACAACGCAGGCAUCAUCCACCGCGACGCAAAGCUCCGGAACAUGCUCUACAACCCCCAGCUGGAUAGAAUCAUGCUGGUUGAUUUCGAGCGCUCUUCUGCCUAUCGCUGUCGCCUUAAGCAGGCCCAGUCUCGCAACGCUGACGCCGGUGUCGACUUGAACGAAGAAGAGCGCAACUGCGGCAGCGAUCACGAGUGUGACAGCGACUGCGACCUCCUGGUUGAAGAAGUCGAGGGGGAAGACGUUGACGACAGCAGCGACGAAGAGACGUGCGACAGCUCUAGCCACACCCACAGUUCCUCUGUUGGUGGACUGCGGAGAGUCGGCAAGUGUGAGAAUCUUCGCAAGGAGUUCGAGGCUGCAUCUGGUCGAGAAUUGUCUCGCGCCGUCAACUUGAUGAGCUGCCUCGCUCGAAAGCUGAACAACUUUUGA